AUGAGGUUAACUGAUCAAAGUAAGCUCAAUUUCUACUCAAAAACUAGAAUACAUAAUCACUUUAUCACAAUUAUUAAUCAAAACAUACACAAUCUUGAUGCAAAACGUGAUUUGAUAAAACCCUAUGUUCUUGCACCUGUUCGAUUCAUACCUCUACCUAACUGUGGAAUAUUUAACAAUGGUCAAGCAAUUAUCCAACCGUCCACUCGAGUCUGUUUAUCAAAACGUGAUUUUGGAAAACUGAGCAAUUACUUGUUAUUGGCAGAUGUUCCAGAUUCUCCUCUUUUCAAAGGUCCUUCGAAAGCCAAGCGAUUCCGUUCUCCGGCAAGUCCAAGUAACCAGGACUGCAGAACUUUGCUGCACACCAAAGAUCAAAACACCCAUGAGCAUCCAGAUGUGAUUCAAAUAUGUAGUCGAACAAACCGGAAUGGGUUUAGAAAAAUUUUAGGGCAGCAUUUAAAAAACAUUAAAAACGAACUUUCAAACACAUAUAUACAUUUGUAUUUUAAAUAUUUUUUGGUGCGGAAAUAUUGGUCUGAAAAAAUUGCAAUCUUUAUAAUUAUAUAUUUGUGUACUUUUGAUGCAAUGCCAAAUUCCCACAAAUUACUUAUUUUUCUUUUUUAG